UGGCUGUUCUUCCUUUCGCCAUGAUGAACAAAUGACCUCGCGGGGAAUGAAAUUUAAAUUCCACAAAGGCGAGAAAGUUCUCUGCUUUGAGCCGGACCCGACCAAGGCGAAGGUGCUUUAUGAUGCCAAGAUCGUUGACAUUGUUAUUGGAAAGGAUGAGAAAGGAAGAAAGAUUCCAGAAUAUCUGAUCCAUUUUAAUGGUUGGAACAGAAGCUGGGACAGAUGGGCAGCCGAGGAUCAUGUUCUUCGUGACACUGAUGAAAACCGCAGAUUACAGCGUAAAUUGGCAAGAAAAGCUGUGGCUCGCAUGAGAAGAAAGGGAAAGAAAGGGCGUUGCAGAUUGCCUGGUGUUGAUUCUGUAUUGAAGAUCCUUCCACCUGAAGAGAAUGAGAAGAGCAGUGAAAACUCUAUAAGUAGUUCUUCUUCUUCUGAUGACAAUGAUGAAGGCACAGAUGAGGAAAUAAAGAGUGAAGAAAGUGAUCUUGAUGAGAAGAUAGAAAUGAAAGAAGAGCAAGAAACUCAUACUAAAAGGGACAUGGAAGAAAGAGCAAUAAGCAUUGAAAUUCCUGAUAUCUUGAAGAAGAAACUUGAAGAAGAUUGUUACUAUAUUAACCGGAGAAAACGGUUGGUGAAACUACCAUGUCAGACAAAUAUAAUAACCAUCUUGGAAUCAUAUGUGAAGCAUUUUGCCAUUAAUGCAGCAUUUUCAGCCAAUGAAAGAUCACGACACCAUCAAAUGACUUCACACACCAACCUGAAUCUGCACUAUGUUCCACCAGAAAAAAAUGUUGAAUUAUGUAAAGAAAUGGUGGAUGGGCUAAGAAUAACCUUUGACUUCACUCUUCCACUGAUUCUGUUGUAUCCCUAUGAACAAGCACAAUUUAAGAAGGUGACUUCCUCCAAAUUUUUUCUCCCAAUCAAAGAAAGUGUAGCAAACUCUAACAGAAAUCAGGAAGAGCUUUCCCCAAGUCCACCUCUUCUAAAUCCAUCAACUCCACAAUCCACAGAUAGCCAGACUGUAACAGGAGAACCUGCAACACCUAAACGCCGAAAAACUGAACCUGAAAUACUGCAGUCUCUAAGGCGUUCUACACGUCACACAUCCAAUUGUGAUAGGUUGUCAGAAAGUAGUGCUUCACCACAGCCCAAACGACGGAAUAUUGAGGCUCCUACUUCAAUGCCAAAAUUGUUUUUGCACCUUGAAAAGAAAACUCCUGUCCACAGUGGGUCAUCAUCGCCCAUUACAUUGACUCCUAGCAAAGAAGGCAGUGCAGUAUUUGCUGGUUUUGAAGGCAGAAGAAACAAUGAAUUAAAUGAGGUGUUGUCAUGGAAACUCAUGCCUGAGAACUACCCCCCAGGUGAUCAGCCGCCACCACCUUCUUACAUUUAUGGAUCUCAGCAUUUGCUGCGCAUGUUUGUGAAGCUUCCAGAGAUACUGGGAAAGAUGAGCUUUUCUGACAAAAACCUAAAGGCAUUAGUGAAGCACUUUGAAUUGUUCCUAAGGUUUUUAGCAGAAUACCAUGACGACUUCUUCCCAGAGUCAGCUUAUGUAGCUGCCUGUGAGGCCUACUAUAGCACAAAGAAUCCACGUGCCAUCUACUGAAGCUAUUUAAAUGGAUAUAGUCAACUAUACAUACUCCGUGACUGCUGCUUUACUGCACUACUUCAGGAUCAAGAGAGAAAUUGAAUUGUAUCAUUCUAAUAUCACAAAGGGAGUUUCUCCAACAUUGUCAUUCUUUUGACACAAGAGAAUGGCAUUUCAUUUCAGAGUUAUGCUGACAUUGCAUCCUGGAGCUAGAUAACCUUCACUGCUAGAUAAAUGAAGCUCUGCAUUCAAUUGACUGCUAAUGCAUAGAACUGCAUACAAAUAAAGUGAGGAAAAAAGGAGUAAGUGCAUUAGAAACAGACUUUAAGAGCUAAUCAUCUGAUGUUCCACUUCAGCAUAAGCUUGCUUCAGCUUGAACUCUCAGAACAUCACCUGCAUUUAAGGAGAAUGUAGGAGUGGCAUUAUACACGUUUUUCACUUUUGGAAUUCAUAUUUUAUUACAUAAAACUAUUAUAACAAAUUGAUCUUUAUAGAAGAAAGAAUAUGCAACCUGUGUUAGCAUGACCUCUUCCUCAAACUUUACAGUGGUUUGGGGUGGGGAAGAGAAUCCAGAAUUGCUUUUGAGGAAUGCAUUUGCCUUUUCUCCCCAUAGUAAAUGUGUUUGUCAGUGCUUGAAUAGCUUUGAUUGGAUUAAUGCAUCCCAUACACCAUUUGAAUUACUUUGGUGGUAUUUUUUGUUUUGUUUUUUGGGUGGGUUUUUUUUGUAAUCAGUUUUAAGAACAGCAUGUACUUGUUGGUUUUGGGAAUGAAACAAGCCAAAGUGGCAAUCACUUUGGCAAGAGUUCUGAAAAAGAACAGUGACUGCUAUCAAAUGUAGAUUUUGUUUUGUUUAGACUAAUUUAGGAAUGCAAAGACAUGUAUGUAAAGAACUGGACACAUUUUUGCCUCUGGUUUGAUCUUAACAUGACUAUGUUGUCUAAACCAACUAGAUUUUCUUCCAUGUACUAGGCAGACUUAAAUAACAGAAGUAGAAUUUAAUGUCCACGCCUAAAAAAAAUAGUUUGCUAUUUUUGGUGCUAGAUUUGAGGAUAAACAUGAGUGUUUUUCUGACCACAGGACCUAAAAACUUUUUAAGGAUUUUGGUCUUGGAUUUGAAGCUUUGAAAUGAGACAAGCGUUUGUUAUUGUUGGUGUAAAAGAUUGUUUGUGCAAAUAGUUAAAUAUUAAUGAGUUAUUUAAUAUAGAAAAGUGAUGAAACUUGAUCCUUAAUUUCUUCCAUUGUGUUUCAGUACAUUGUAUGCCAAAUACUUUGUCUUGCAUCUAAACAAUGCAUAGAAAUAAAAAGGAAGGCUUGUAGUUGCAUUGAAGCAUUCCAGUGUAAAUGCUGUAACAAAGCUCUGAUAUGUUUGGGAACACAAAAUAUGUUUUGUGUGUGUGUGUUUAAUCUGCGAAUGCAGUAUUGAUACUUAAGAAACUGUAUUCUGGAUACUUCAGUCAAAGAUCUAGUCAAUCAGAUGUGCAUGUUUUAACUAUAGUGCAAGUAUACAUAACUAAAGCCUUUACUGAAUUAAACGUUGCACAAGAAUGGGAGGUGUUUAUCUCUUCCCCCCCCUUCCAUUUGUGCAGCUGGCCUCUUGAAGUUGCUAUGCUGACAAAAAUGACUGCAUUCAUCCCUAAUGAAGCAGCCAAUUAACACUUAAGUUCUUCUGCAUAGCUGUUCAUCUGAGUAAGUAUGUGAUGGUGUAUAGAAAAUAAGUUCAGCUUGGUAAGCUAUCUUACUUUCACAUUCCUGUAUUUCACAUCAUUAAAUACCAGAAUUUUUGAAAGACUACCUUUGAGUGCAAAAUACCAAAUAGAACCCUUCUAGUAAUGCAAAAAUGCAUAACCAUAUUUGUGAGAUACUUGUGUCACCAAAGCUUGUGUUUCUGUGCUGGUGCCAUUUCUAGAACAACUUUCUGGAGGGCAAGAUAAACUGGAGCAAGGUUGUUUCUCUUAAGCUUGUAUUGCUAGGGGGCUACAGAAUGUUAAUAUUGUCAUUGAUUUCCUCUAUCUGGCAAUUAGUCCUUCCUUCCUUCUAAUAUAUGCUGUUUGUGUGGUGAUUGUAGUGUACAGACUAGCUUCUGCAGUGUUGAAGAAAAUAGGAGUAGACAGUCGGACAUCAAUUAUGAAGUCCCAGUUGCUUAGGAGCCUGCAAAUAAAUACCUCUUGAACCUGA